AUGCAGGUGUAUGCCCGUAUGUCAGAAGUCUUAGGAAUAACAGAUGACAACCAUGUUCUAGAAACAUUCAUGACAAAAAUUGUUACAAACCUUAAGUACUGGGGAAGAUGUGAGCCUGUAAUUUCAAGGACUCUUCAGUUCCUAAAUGACCUUUCAGUUGGCUAUAUCCUUUUAAAAAAACUUGUGAAAAUAGAUGCUGUGAAAUUCAUGCUAAAAAACCACACGAGUGAACACUUUCCAUUUCUUGGCAUCGGUGAUACUUACAGUCUCAGUGACUUCAGGUGCCGAACAACUUUCUACACAGCCCUCACUCGCCUUCUGAUGGUAGACCUAGGUGAAGAUGAGGAUGAAUUUGAGAAUUUUAUGCUGCCUCUCACGGUCUCCUUUGAAACAGUUUUGCAAAUAUUUAACAACAGCUUUAAACAAGAAGAAGUGAAGCGUAUGUUGAUCGGGCUGGCGAGAGAUCUUCGAGGGAUUGCCUUUGCACUGAACACAAAGACCAGCUACACCAUGCUGUUUGACUGGAUGUAUCCAGCCUAUCUUCCAGUUCUUCAGAGAGCUAUUGAGCGAUGGUAUGGAGAACCAGCAUGUACUACUCCAAUCUUAAAACUUUUAGCAGAACUGAUGCAAAACAGGUCUCAGCGUUUGAAUUUUGAUGUAUCCUCUCCUAAUGGAAUUCUUCUCUUCAGAGAAGCAAGCAAAAUGAUUUGCACUUAUGGAAAUCAGAUCCUGUCUCUUGGGAAUCUCUCAAAAGAUCAGAUUUAUCCAAUGAAACUCAAGGGCAUAUCCAUCUGCUAUUCAGCUCUCAAAUCUGCCUUAUGUGGAAAUUAUGUCAGCUUUGGCGUCUUCAAGUUGUACGGGGACAACCAUUUUGACAAUGUACUCCAGGCCUUCGUGAAAAUGCUGCUCUCAGUGUCCCACAGUGACUUGCUGCAAUAUCGGAAACUGAGCCAGUCCUAUUAUCCCCUCCUGGAAUGUCUUACCCAGGACCACAUGAGCUUCGUCACCAACUUGGAGCCCCCUGUGCUCCUGUAUGUUCUCACAUCUCUCUCAGAGGGGCUCACCACUCUUGAUACAGUCAUCUCCUCCAGCUGCUGCACAAGUUUAGACUACAUGGUCACCUACCUCUUCAAGUACAUAGCAAAGGAGGGCAAGAAGCAGCUUCGCUGCAGAGAGUCUGUGCAGGCCGGCCAGAGGCUGCUACACUUUAUGCAGCAAAACCCAGAUGUGCUACAGCAGAUGAUGUCUGUCCUUAUGAAUACCAUUGUCUUUGAAGACUGUCGGAACCAGUGGUCAGUAUCUAGGCCUCUCCUAGGUCUCAUCUUGCUCAAUGAGAAGUAUUUCAGUGAACUGAGAGCAAGCCUGAUCAACAGCCAGCCUCUGCCCAAGCAGGAAGUCCUUGCCCAGUGUUUCAGGAACUUGAUGGAAGGAGUGGAACAGAACCUGUCUGUCAAGAACAGAGACAGGUUCACACAGAACCUCUCCAUCUUCAGAAGAGAUGUGGCAGAGGCGUUGCGUAGUGACAGCCACUCUGAGCUGUGUAGCCUGGACAUGAUGAGCUGACCCGCCUCCCGAGCACGCACUGUGCAGCUUCUGUCAAGAGACUUGGAGUCCGCGUCUGCGAUGCUGGCGCCCAGAGAAUGUGUUCUCAGAACAAGCAACAAAGCCCUACAUUUUUAUAAGUCUGACCUAAUUAUAGAAAUUCAUAAUAGUGUGCAUACAGUGUAAAUUCAGUAUGCAAAGCGGAACAUGUUUUUAGUCUGUCUGGGUUCCCACAAUACUGAGAAGUCUAGAAACUAUAUUUAACCAAAGAAUAUAAUAAACAAGCCUAGCACCCAGUCGUGGCUCUGAGAUCAAGGUUGUCGAUUUGAAGAUGCAGCCCACAGUGUGGGUCCUGGAUUGAGACAAUUGCCAUUUGAACCUGUUGAAUUGAUAGUUUUUACAUCUGGAAAACACUACAUUAGGGACUCUGGGCUGUGGGCAUUUAGAGGGAGCCUGGGUUUGCUAUAAAGCCUCCCCCAGGACUGCACAUCGGCCUCUCUGCCUCAGCAGCAUCUGAUAAAGUUGAGAGACAGUAACACAAUUAAAUGGCUUACAAACAAUGUUUGCUUUCCACUGGCAUAAAUCUGAAGUGGUUCCGUCUAGAAGAAUUAAGCCGUGUGCUUGCUGCCUGCAGAAAGAUGUCUUUAGGGCUCUGGAGGCCUCAGGAAGAAGUUCUGGGUGCUCCAGGACCUGGUCCUUUUGGCCCCAUUUGAUCUGAAGAGGAGCUGAAAGUGGCAUGUAGUGUUUGGAGCAGCUCUGCCUUCAGUUCAGGUGCAGGCUGUCAGUUCCCAGAGGACAGAGUUGCCUUCCAUCUUCUACACUUUUAACCACUGUUGGAUUGUGACUUCAUCCAAACACAGGAAAUGGAGGCCUUUUCAGUCUGUGACCCGCCAUAACUAAGCUAUUAAUUUGACAUUGCCACUGUCAAGCGGGCCUCCUAUCUUACUGCUCUGUCCUCGUGGUUCAGGCUUACAAUAAACACUGUGCCCAUUAUUUCUGAUAAGACAUGAAAGGUUGGCCUCACUGUUGCAGAGAAGAAAUCCACAGGCUCUUCUUGUAAUCUCGUUUCUCAGACAGUGUUUCUUCAAACCUUUCUUGAUAGUUGCGUUGGCAACAGGCUUGUCAUAUAAAAUUGAGUCACCUAAGUUUAUCUUAAAGUGUUUGUCUUCUGUGUGCAGAAGGGAGUCAGGGGACAUUAUGGUCUGGAUGAGACUGCUUGUGGUCUUUAAUGACAAAGAGCCUGAACCUUCUUCACCCCACUCUAUUAGGAAUGGAACUUCCUAGAGAAGACAAGUCCCAGACUUUGGAACAUCAGCUUUCAAAGGAGCUUGACAAGAAUUUCUCUUUGGUUUUUGUUUGGUUUUUAAUUUGUUUAGUUUUGGUUUUUUGAGACAGAGCCUUGCUGUGUAGCCCAGGCUAGCCUGGAACACACUGUGAUUCUCCUGCUGCAGCCUCUUCAGUAGAGGUUGACAAGUGUGGGCCACAAUGCCUGGCUUCUUGGGUUUGGGGUAUUUGGGGCUGGGUGGUUGUAACUGCACCUCAUUUCCACAAACACGCUGCUAACCCCGUCCGAGCGCUGUUUCUUUACAAAUGCCGAGGGUCGGAAACACUAUAUUGUUUGCA